UGGCCCACGCCCGCCCGCGCUCGGCCCGCCAGCGCCUCCACCCGGCCGGCGGCCCCGCGUCUUCGCCGCCCGCCGACACGCUGCUGACUCCCGCCUCGGGCGCCGUCGGCGGGGCCGCGCUCCGCCGGGCCUGCGGAUCCCCGCCGCCUCCUCUUCCAUCUACCUCAACGCCCGCCCCCGCUUCGCCCGAGGAGGCGGUCCCCCCCGCAGGCAGUCCGGCUCGCAGGCCGCCGGCGUUGUCACCCCCCCGCGCUGUCCCCCAGCCCUCCCCGGCGCGCGGCCGGCCGCUCCCCCCUCCUCGCCGCGUCCCGAGCGGCUCGGCGCAGCCACCGCCACCGCCACCCCACCCCCGGGCCCGGGCUCGCGACGGCCGAGGGCUCCGUCGGCCCAAUCCGAGCUGGGCGCCCGCGGCCCGGGCGCCCUUCCGCUCCGCCCCCCUCCGCACCUUCCCCGGCCCUCGACGUCGCGCCCUGCCCCGGCUUCUCUGUGCUCCCCGGCCCCCUCUCCGGCCUCUGGCCCCGGCGCCCGCUCUCCGCUCUCCCGCAGCCUGCCCUUCGCUCCCUCCCGUCCCCCCCGGCUCCUUGCCUCCGACUCCCUCCCCCUCCACGCCCGCCCUCUCGCCUCGCCGUCCCGAAGCGGAUUAAUUAUACGCUUUCUGUUUCUCUCCGCGCUGUUCUCCCCCGCUGCGAGCCUGCCCGCCUCUCGCUGUCCUCUCUCCCUCUCUCGCCCUCUCUUCGGCCCCCCCCCUUUCACGUUCUCUCUGUGUCUCUCUCUAUCUCUGCCCCCCUCUAUCCUUGAUACAACAGCUGACCUCAUUUCCAGAUACCCUUUCCCCCCCUAAAAGUACAACAUCUGGCCCGCCCCAGCCCGCGGACAGCCCGCCCUCCCCAGACGAUCAGACGAGUCCCCCCCCCAAAAAAAAGCCAUCCCCCCGUUCUGCCCCGUCGCACAUUCGGCCCCCGCGACUCGGCCAGAGCGGCGCUGGCACAGGAGUGUCCGGCAGGAGGGCCAGCGCCCGCUGCUCGGUUUGCGAUACGCAGCAGGGAGGUGGGCCGCAGCUGUGCCGGCUUCCAGAUGCCGAUGGGGGUCCCAAUGGGGAAGUCGAUGCUGGUGUUGCUCACCUUCUUGGCCUUGGCCUCGUGCUGCUUUGCUGCUUACCGCCCCAGUGAGACCCUGUGCGGCGGGGAGCUGGUGGACACCCUCCAGUUUGUCUGUGGGGACCGCGGCUUUUACUUCAGCAGGCCGGCGAGCCGCGUGAACCGCCGCAGCAGCCGUGGCAUCGUGGAAGAGUGUUGCUUCCGCAGCUGUGACCUGGCCCUUCUGGAGACCUACUGCGCCGCCCCCGCCAAGUCCGAGAGGGACGUGUCGACCCCUCCGACCGUGCUUCCGGACAACUUCCCCAGAUACCCCGUGGGCAAGUUCUUCCAAUAUGACAGCUGGAAGCAAUCGGCCCAGCGCCUGCGCAGGGGCCUGCCUGCCCUCCUGCGCGCCCGCCGGGGUCGCAUGCUCGCCAAGGAGCUCGAGGCGUUCAGAGAGGCCAAGCGUCACCGUCCCCUGAUCGCCCUGCCCACCCACGACCCCGCCGCCCACGGGGGCGCCUCUCCGGAGGCGUCCGCCAAUCGGAAGUGAGCCAAACUGUCGUAAUUCUGCAGAACAGCACCGUCCACCUGGUGCCCUCCUCCUGACCAGGGGCCGUGUUCCAUCGGGUCCCGCCUCCGACAUCUCCCGGUACCAUUUUCCCUCCGCGGGCUCCCCCACCCCCAGCCCCCGUGCCCCAACCUCCCCAUGUCAGGCUCUUCUCUCCUUGGCCUUCUCCAUCCGGCCAAGGGGAAUGGUAGUAACACCUCUAAAACUAUACAAACUCAAUUGGCGUUAAGUAUCCCCCCAAAUUAUCCCCAAAUCACACGACAAAAUACUCAACUGUGAACCCCUGAAUGACACACACACACGCAUGCACAUCAGUCCCCUUAAAACGAAUUGGCUUUUUAGAAACACCAGAACAGUAAUUUGGCUUAAAAACAAAACCAAAAAACCUAAAAAUAUCAAUUGGCUAAAAAAAUGCGAAAAGCAAAUUGACUUAAAAAUGAUUGGCAUCAUGAAAGAAUCAGGCACCCCCCUUCCCUCUCUUCCCCAGGGACCUCGAGUCAGAUUGGCCGCGGCUCGGGCCCCUGACCGACCAGGAGAGGGGAAGGGACCCCAGAUCUGCAGGCAGGCACGUCCUUGCUCUGCAGCUAGCUCCGGCCCUCCACAGGGAGCAUUGGCCACCCUACGACAGCACAGCCCCUUCGCUCUGUCUUCCAUCCCCGAAAAUCACCGUGGAGCUGGUUGGGGGUUCCCAGGAAGACCGAAGGAGGGGAGAACAGAACAUGAAAACCAAAAUUUGUGAAAAUAAGCUUUAAUUGGCCCAAACCCCCAUACACCCUAAAGUCAAUCCUCCCCAAACCCACACCCCCCAAAUUCUCGCAUCUCAAUCCCCGCUCUAAAAAACAGGCAUCCCUGCAGACACCCCCCUACGUGCACACACACACACACACUCUCACACAUGCACAGCCCUCACACACUCUCAUGUACAUGCACACAUACACACACUCUCUCAUGCACACGCAGCCCCUCACGCACGCACACACGCACACAGACGAGUGAACCCAGCACGGUGCAGGUCGGACCACGUUCUGCCUCGGCCCCUUCUCUAAGCCGUUUGGUGAUGAGGUUUUCAUGGGCUGCUCUCCCCUCUGGACCCCUGGGAUGCACUCCUCGGGUGGGAGAGGGUGUGUCCCAGGCCUAGGUGGGCGACCCCUCUGUCUGAGGUGACGGAGGUGCCUUUGCCCACGACCCCCGUGGUGUGAGCCCCGAAGCCCCCCGGGCCCCACCGGCAUCCAUGCCCCCUCCCACCGUGUGGUGCAAGGGACGGGUUUGGUGGGACUGGAGGUGGCUGUAGCUGAACGGGGCGUGCCUUACAAAGUAGCCUGACCCCCUCGGUGUGCUCCGGUGAGAAAGACCUGGGGACCCCCCAGCACACCUAGGGACCAUCUUUGCGGGUCCUCUGGGGGCCUCUCAGAAAUGGGGGCUCCCGGGAGGCCGGCAAGGAUGGUGGGGAGUGUGGGAAGUCUGGCGGUUGGAGGGGCGGGUGGGGGGCAGUGGGGGCUGGGUGGGGGGACGCUCUGGAGCAGGAGGUGGUCCUGCGGGGUUUGGAGUAGCGGAGUCAGGAGUGACAAGGAGAUUUGCAGAAUUACGGAUUGAAUUAGGAGCCCAAAUUGUCGCCAAUUGAUCUGUUACCCCCCUUUAAUUGGUUUCUCCUGGGGCUUUUUUCCUUUUUUUUUUUUUUUUGACCCCUCCUUAGCUUUUUACGCGCUCACACACCAAAUUAAUCUUACUCCCCGUCCCACGUAACAGGGGGGCAGUGACCAAGCAACGACGCACGAAGCCACCACCACCACCUCUGCGGCUGAGCCGCACGUCCUGCUCCCCGCCAUUUAGCGCCCUGAUUCGGUUUUUGUUUUAAUCUGUCCCUGUCGCUUGGGUUGAGUGGAGAGAGUGGGCCUCCGUGGGGCGCUGGCCACUGCGCCCCACGGAGGAGCUGGAGGGGAAGGGAGCGGGCCGCUGCCCGGCCUGGCCUCUGGGGACGGUGGCUGGUCCCCUGAGGUCCUGAGGGGCGGAGGAGGGGCGGGGAGGUGUCUCCUCGGUGUCAGGAAGGUGCUCGGAGGCCACCAGGAAGAGGGGGCCCCUAGCUGGCUCAGGCCGGCUGGGGGGGAAGGGGUUGCAGGUGUGUGAGUCGAGGGGCUCCAUCAGGCUGGAGCAGGUGGCCGCCUUCCUUGCACUUGGGGAGCCCUCCCCCCACCCCUCGGUGACACCUUGCCCACCUCCUCAGCGCCCUGUCUUGUCCCCAGGAGGCUCCGAGCUCUGCAGGGCAUCCUAGGGUCCAGGCAGGGUGAGGCCGGGGAGCUGGGGAGGUCAGGAGGGUGCAGGCCCGCAGAGCAGGAGAGCAGGCGGAAAGGUCCAUCAGCCGGGGUCGCUUGGGCCCCGAGGCCCGCGGGUCUGGUGAUACCGAAGCAGCCACCACCUCGGUGCCUAGGGCUGUGGCAGGGACCCGGGCGGCUGGGAGGCUUACCUCACCCCCGCUUCUGCCCCCAGUGCAGCCCCCCUGCACGACAGCCCGACUAGCAUUCUAGAGGCCCGAGGCUUCUGGGCCCUGGCGACGGGGCUGGCACGACCCUGGGGGCGGUCCGUGCCAGUCCACUCGAGGCACAGAGGGCCCUUUGGCAGGCGUCCGGGGACUGGGCCAUUCGGACCAUUGGAUAGAAACCCAAAGAGCCAAAUCGUCGUAACUGGGACCCAGAUUGGCCUGAGAUCCAAAAAGACGCGGAGGCACCCUAAAUUGUCUGCCCAUCCUGCCGGACGCCCAGCCCAGCCAGUGUUACAUUCUGCCUCCUUUGGGAUGGGUGCUCCGGGACGUCUGCCAACGCUCCUCUGUGUCCCCCUGUGAGCAGCUCUCCGAGGGUUCUCAGCCAUCCUGACCCGGGCCCCCCUCUGACCUCCUGAGCCCCUGCUUGUGGCUGUCCAUCUUUUCUCCCCCCCUCAACUGUCUUCAGCAGGACCCCCUCUUGGGUCCCCCCCCGUUCCAUCACCUGAAGACCCCCACGUGCCGAGCACCGAAUGUCAUCUCGCCCGCUGCCCUGGUCCAUCUGGCAGUGGCUGGUGCGGGCCUCCACUCGCCCCCUUUAACAUGCUGAUAUUUCUGGCAAAACUCAUUGCUUGGGUUUUGUCUUUAACGUUUACUGCUUGCAAUCCCAAUAAAGCAUUCAAAUUUA